UGCCGGAGGGCUGUCUGCGAGACCUGCCGGAGGGCUGUCUGUGAGACCUGCCGGAGGGCUGUCUGUGAGACCUGCUGGAGGGCUGUCUGUGAGACCUGCUGGAGGGCUGUCUGUGAGACCUGCCGGAGGGCUGUCUGUGAGACCUGCCGGAGGGCUGUCUGUGAGACCUGCCGGAGGGCUGUCUGGGCUGGGCAAGGCUCCCGGCUGCUGCAGGGGAGAGAGGUAAAGGACACGGAGGACUGUAAUCGAUCAGGGGAAGAAGAAAGAGAGAGAACGCCUAGAAGGACAAACAGGCAGAGAGAGAGAGAGAGAGAGAGAGAGAGAGAGAGAGAGAGAGAGAGAGAGAGAGAGAGAGAGAGAGAGGUGUGUGUUGUUUCGUUAGAGGAGGUUUCUCUCUGGCCUCACCCUGGGGAAAGCCACGCCCCCAAACCCCUGCCACCCCCACCCCUCAUCUCGACCUCUGACCUCUCGCAUCAUCAGGUGGAAAGGCCUGCACCUCUCCAAACUUCCCAUCAUGCACAUCAAGACCACCAAGUGUAACCGCUUCUGCCUGGUCGCCUCGGUGACCAACCAGGAAGUGUUUGAACGGCCCGAGGCCCAGGCCAGUUUUGAGUCUCUGUUCCGCUCCUUCCAUCCGGACGUGUCCUUCCAGUUCUUUAAGAGUUUCCGUCGCGUGAGGAUCAACUUCAGCGACGCCCUGGCCGCGGCUGAUGCCCGGCUCCGCCUCCACAAGAGCCACUUCAACGGCAAGGAGAUGCGUCUCUACUUUGCUCAGUCCGUCCUUAUAGGCAGUCCCCGCCUGGAGCCCCCCAAGCCGGAUAAACAGUUCCUGAUCUCGCCCCCCGCCUCGCCCCCUGUGGGCUGGAGGCAGGCGCAGGACGCCACACCCGUCAUCAACUACGACCUGCUGUGUGCCAUCUCCAAGCUAGGCCCAGGUGAGAAGUACGAGCUGCACACAGGAACCCCCACCACCCCCAGCGUGGUGGUGCACGUGUGCGAGAGCGAGCAGGACAGCUCCGGGGGUGAGGAUGACCCGGAGAGCAGCUCCCGCCCUCCUCGCCCCAAAAUCAUCCAGACACGUCGGCCAGACUUCACCCCCGGCGUCAUGCAGUGAGAGGCCGAGCAGAGAGGGGGCGCUCUAACAUCCAACAUUCAUCAAACUUCCCAGGACACCACAGACCUGGGAGUGUGUUUGGGACAUGUAAUACAUCUUCCCCAACUCUAGGGGCAGCGGUGUCCCAAAGCCCUGCUUUUCAUGGAGAGAAAGAGAAGGAAGAGAAAGAAUCAUCUCUUGUUGUGUCACUUUUGUUUGCGUUUUUUUAUUAUCUCUUCCGUUUUCCAUACGACGGGAAUUAGUGACUUGGUAGAGAGAGGGAAAGUGCAUCAGAAGUAUUUGAUAGAUUAAUGUUUUUACUGUUUUGUAAAAUGUCCUCAUUUUGCUUUGGUGCUACUUGAUUCAUCAAGCAUGGAGGUCGUAACCUCAAACAGAGGAGUUGCUUGUGUAGAUUUUCAUUUGAACUUGUAGUCCCCUCCCCCCUCGCCCUGCCUAGACUGAGAUCACACACGUGUUCAUGUAAAUAGGUUGUGUCUGUAGACCCUGUGCUGUGCUGUUGUCUUUAGUCCUACUGUUCAACCCUGAGGAUCUGUCGUUGACCCCUCAGCGCUCACAACCAUGUGGUUCAUCUGCACACGAGACGACCAGGACAGGGAAGUCCCUGACUGGGAUUCAAACGAGUUAGCUAGCUAGCUAGCUAGCUAGCACUCCUAGGUCAUUCAGUCUCCCACUGUAACCUCACGUUUCAUCUUACAGCUGUAGAGCAUGACGCACUUUACCCCACGCUGCCAUAUCCUGCUUCAAACUGAGAGGGCGGAGCCAGAUGGGCGUUCUGCAUGGGGAUGUUGACAAACCCGAUCAUACAUGUGCUGGGCUUGUUUAGCUUGAAACUGGCAGCCAUUUUGGGGGCUGACAUGCAUCCAUUGUGGCUCUGAACUGUACUUGGAUGUAUGGGGGUUGUAGUCCAUUCCUGCCAGGGACUGUUGGAGUGUGUUCACCGUUUCAUAGUAAUGGGAGGGAUUGUGUAGACGCACUGUGAAUGCAUGUAUUAUCACAGCACUUGGGAGAUGGAUCACGCUCCAAGCCCUAACUAGUAGGUAGAUAUUGCAUUUAGCCAAUUUAGCUACUUUUGUACUCUAAAACUACUGUUAUUUGGAAAUUCGUUUUACCUUGAAAUAAUCUUAUGAUUUAUAUCAUUAAAUAAAUACUUAACAUCUAACAUG